AUGCCUGUCGAACUUUCGCCAGAUGCCAUGGAAGCCCGAAGACGUAUAAUUCUACCGGUCGACAACAGUGAGCACUCAAAGCGUGCCAUGGAUUGGUACUUUAUCAAUAUGCAACGCGAAAACGACUUUCUGAUUUUCGUGCACGUGAUCGAACCGACACGGAAUAGCUCACUCAUGGGUGUGGCAAUUGAAUCUGUACCCAGUCUCCUGGGUACCGUAAUAAGAGUCUCAGAGGAAUCUGUGAAGGAUGGAAAACUGAUAUGUCGUGAGGCCAUGCAGAAGGCAAACGCACAUGGUUUGAAGGCUCAAUCAUUUCUUUACGUUGACACCAAACCUGGUGUGGCAAUCCUCAAAGCAAUCGAAGAACUGAAAGGGGAUGGGGUGAUAAUCGGAAGCCGUGGAGCAGGAGCUAUAAGAAGAACAAUCCUUGGAAGUACCAGCGGCUAA